AUGGCGGAUGGACAGCACUUGGCAUCGUCGCGCUACACCGAGGACGCCUUCCCAUCGGGCCACCGAAGCAUCUGGGGUUCCUGGUAUGACAGCGACUCGGGAGCGUGGGGCUAUGCCUGCUGCAAAGCCACGAACAAAUCUGCCGCACCCUGCGCAGCGAUCGAGUCCGAUGCCUCGGAGGUGGCUCGACAGACGCAAGCUGCGGCGGAGACGUCGGAUCAGCCGGAGAUUGACCUGAUAUGGCGCUCGAGAUCAGACUUCGAGACAGCCGAAGGCUUCAUAAUCCACUCCUCGAAGUAUCUGGCUACCCAGUGGUUGAGGUGGCUUCAAGACGGCAAGCUCUCGGAGGUGGCAAGCAAGUUUGAUCCGGAUGUGCGGAAGGUCUUGCUGUCUGAGCCCGCGGCCAAGGAAGCCUGCCAGCAGGUGCAAAGAUUCUGCCAGCGGCUUGAUGACCGCGUUCCGGUGGAGCUCUCCCAGCCCUUGGAGGAUUUCUGCAGCUGCAUCGGGACAAGGGAGUAUGUGAAGGCCAACAAGGCGUACAUGGACAUCGUGAUGGGUUCGAGGAAGUGGCAAGGAGAUGUCCCGUAUCUUGUCGAGGGCAACCGCAAUGGCCCAUCUGUUGUGCAAAACGUCGCGGAGCGGCUGAACAAGAAGAAUUCGAACCCUCUUGACGAAGCCGGCAUCCGCGAUCACGCAGUAGUUCUGCGACGACUGCUCAAAGUCGCGCAGGCCGUGCUCCCGAACGACGACCCAUCAAAGAACUGCGGGUGA